AUGAAGGUGGUGCUGAGCCUCCUGCUCCCCUGUCUCCUGGCAGGGUUGUGGCGGGUGCUCGGCUCGGCUGUGGGCCCCCAGCCCCCAGAGGCCCAGGCAGGGCUGGAGGCGCUGCAGACCCACGCCGCUCAGAACCGGACCGGUGAGGGCGUGCGGGCUUCCUGGAACCAGACCGGCCGUGGCGCGCAGGCGUCCUGGAACCAGACGAGCCAAGGGGUACCAGCUUCCUGGAACCAGACCGGCCAGGGGGCACAGGCGUCCCGGGACGAGGAAGAGGAGUCCUGGCUGGCGGCCAGCAGGGAGCUCUCUGCCAGCACCGCUGAUUUGGGGUUCAACCUGCUGCGCCAGAUCUCCAUGAGGCAUGACAACAACGUGGUCUUCUCCCCGCUGGGCCUGGCCUUGGCCUUGGCGACCUUGACACUGGGGGCCGAAGGACAGACCAGAACCCAGCUGGAGAGCGGGCUGGGCCUGGAGGCCCUCCACCAGCACGGGGGGAGCCUGCCUGCCCUCUUCAAGAGGCUCAGAGACACCCUCUCCCACAACCGGGAGCUGGGCCUCGCCCAGGGGAGCUUUGCCUUCAUCCACAAGGAUUUUGAUGUCAAAGAGACCUUCCUCAAUGUCUCCAAGAGGUAUUUCGAUACACAGUGUGUGCCCAUGAAUUUUCGCAAUGCCUCCCUGGCCAAAGGGCUCAUGAAUCGCUACAUUAACAAAGAGACGCAGGGGAAGAUCCCCAAGCUCUUUGAUGAGAUUAACCCUGACACCAGAUUAAUGCUCGUGGAUUACAUCUUGUUCCAAGGGAAGUGGCUGACCCCUUUUGACCCCACCUUCACUGAAGAGGACACUUUCUACCUGGACAAGUACGAGGGUGUUAAGGUGCCCAUGAUGUACAGGGCAGGCAAGUUUGCCUCCACUUUCGAUGACAAUUUCCGUUGCCACGUGCUCAAGCUGCCCUACCGAGGCCACGCCACCAUGCUGGUGGUCCUCACAGAGAGGACGGGCGACCACCUGGCCCUGGAAGAUUACCUGAGCUCAGACCUGCUGGACACGUGGCUCAGCAACAUGGACACCAGGAGAAUAGAAGUCUUCUUGCCAAAGUUCAAGUUAGAUCAGAAGUAUGAGAUGCACGAACUGCUUAAGCAGAUGGGGAUCAGAAAAAUCUUCUCGCCCUGGGCUGAGCUGAGCGAGCUCUCGCCUACUGCCGGGGACCUCAAAGUAUCCACGAUUCUACAACGAGCUGUGAUUGAGGUGGAUGAAAGAGGGACGGAGGCAGCUGUGGGGACCCUGUCAGAAAUGAUUGCUUACUCCAUGCCUCCCGUCAUCAAGGUGGACCGGCCCUUCCAUUUCAUGAUCUAUGAUGAAACGUCCAGAAUGCUUCUGUUUCUGGGCAGAGUGGUGAACCCCGCUCUGCUGUGACUCCCGGUGUGACCCUUGGUGC